AACGAAGGCAACCGCCACCAUGCGACCUGAUCAGCCUCAGCUCGAAUACGCGUCCCUCAGCCCCCACUGAACAGCAGACUAUCUCAGCCUUGCCCGAAUAUCUCUGAACCACUUAUAUAUCGGUACUGCUGUUCAAUGGAUGUUUCUAGGCAACCAAGAUUCUGGAACUAAUGCCAUCAUGUCCAAUCGUCUAGUGCUACCUCAAGUAGCAGUACUAAAGCCGAACCUCCAAGGAUGGAUGAUCUUCAUGCUCAUCAACGCUUUACCACAGUUCAUUGUUAUUAGCUCAGUGAUAGGAGCAGGUAUAUUCAACAAUGGUGGAUCAGCAAUCAAGGUUGCAGGUCCUGCAGGUGCUCUUGUUGCCUUGCUAGUCAUGUUAUCGUAGGUGUUAUCGCAAUCUGCGUUGCAGAAUGCAUAAGUGAGUUGGUGCAGCUCUUCCCUGCGCCAAAUGCUAUCGUUGAAUAUAUUC